AUGCCAGCUACUGUAAAGGUGAAAGUUCUUGCAGCUCGAAAUCUUCCAGUGAUGGAUCGGACUUCUUUUCUCACUGACGCUUUCGUUGAGGUUCGUUUUUUUGCUCAUGACGCCAUUGGUAGGGUGUACCUUGAUCUAACACCACUGCUUCAAACGGAUCAGAAACCCACUCUUAAUGGAUGGUUUCCGCUGUAUGACACCAUGCACGGUAUUCGUGGUGAAAUCAAUCUCACCGUGCGCGUUGAUCUAUUUCCAGAUGCCUGCAGGCAACGGUUCUCAUCACUUGGAGUCCAAUUCUUCUUUAGCUCUUCCAUUCCUUCAGGCUACAGAGUAGUCAGCCUCAUUGGUUUUGUUAGAGAGCUAGUUAUGAACGACGAUCCAGAGCAUCAGUGGAUUGAAAAAAUUCGGACUUCGAGGGCUUCCAACGAGGCUCGACAAUGCCUCUUCUCGCAGCUUUCUGGUAACGGUCAUAAUUUCGAAUCCAUUUUGCUGUAUCGUUUACACUUUGAUCUGGAGGGCGACACAGGAAUUGUGGCACGAGCCAUUGGAACUGCUGCUCGACUUCAGCGUUUCCCUCCCAAUAACCAACUGGGAAUAUCGUUGACUGGGAAAAGGGAUUCUGAAAUGGGGUCGAAAGCUCCGGCUCGAAGCGAGAAUGAUGCUAGAGGUCAUGCUGAUAACCCCAUUGGCGGGUAUGCCCUAUCUUCUCCCAAACCUCUAAAUGAUGCGGAAUUCCCUUUCCUUACAAUUUCACACCCACCUAGAGAACUUAUCCGCCACUUCGGCAGUACCGUUGUAGCAAAAUCUGUCAAACUCUUGGACAAAGGCGUAACAGACCGUUCCAUUAAAGACUUUCCUGCAAUACUACCCCUUGGUAGUGUGUUUUCUUCUGUUGCAGAAACAGCAAAUUCGCGCGCAGCUUGGUGGUUGGAACUUCGAAUGGAGGCGUUGACACGUAUGUACAAUGUUGGCUGUGACGCGCUCAUCGGCUACUGCGAGGAGUGCGCCAUCUAUGAGGAUAUUUGUGUACUCUCUGUCUCCGCCACCGCAGUGACACUUAAUCAACUUUGGGUCCACUUCUCCUACAUUCCUGGACCUUCUUCUCGUCUGCCUUCUAGGUCAUUCUCCUCCAGACAAGGCUGGUGCAUUUUCUCUACACUCCUCGAAUUAUCAUCAAACUUUAUAAGCUGUUCAAAGAUGCCUCGUGUCGCUCUAGAGUCACCGGGUAGAGAUGAGGCCGUUGUUCAAAGUAAACGCGAGCACGUCAUUAAUCCAAGCAGCGAUCUUUCUGUAUCCCUCAAUCCUCAAGGCGACAAAGGGGAAUCCCACUCAACUUAUCCCAAUCACAAUUGCAGUGUUUGUCACAUACCAACACUGAAUCAGGCACUGCCACCCAAUAAGUCGAGUCGAUGUCGAGUGUGUCGGGUGGCUUUUGUCCCCGAGUUUCUCCUUUCGACGACGGAUUUUCCUCCUGAAUUGCCUAUCGUUGGUAGGCCAGCCUUCAUUCAGGUUGGUUUGAGUCGUUCCAAAAAAGUGGAGAAGGGGGAGUCGGCUGCUCGAGAAAUCAGUGAACUGCUUCCCUACAUAGAGUAUGAACUACACUACCGACUCUUGCAAAAGCUCAGGCUACGAGGAAUGAACGCCAUUUUCAGACUCUCUCUUCAGUUGGCCAUUGGCGAGGAUUUGAUAGUCGUACUAGCGACCGGUACCGGAGUCUAUGUCCCAGCCCUUCCAUCUGCGCGACUCCCAAAAGUGUGCCCUGUGAGUGGAAACCUCAACACAUUGCAUGCUGAAAUAUUGUAUAACUUGAGGGCUUUCAACGAAGAAUGCCACGAACUAUUUGGAAUCCCAAAAGAUAUCCAUGAGUCGGUGCCAGCUGAAUGGGGUAACGGUCAUAGCAGCUCCCUUGAAUCUUUGGAAGGGGAAAGCAAAGAGGUCAGGGAUGGAGAGAUAUCGAUGGCAGGCGCAAUCAAAGGAAAAUUAAUCUAUAAUCCAACAGAUCCUGUAUCGAAUGAAAAGGACCAUAGUGAACAUACGAGCACUUAUUUUGUCGACGCACGGGAGCCGGAGCCAGAGGAAUUGAAUUCUUUACUUAGCGAUCCACUCCCACCACCCGGGCUCAUAGCUACGACAACAGAUUUUCUCCCAAGUAACGAAAGUUUCUCUUGGCUCGUUACGAUUAAACAUGAACAGGGUAAUUGCGUCUCCAACACUUGCUCCUGGCGACGUCUUCAUUCAUUCGUGAAAGUUCACACCAUUCAGACUCUAAAGACUGAUGAUGCAUUGGGCUCGAUACCCUUGCGCUACCCGCCUAGUGGCUCACUUGGCGGUGACAUCUCUCUCCCCAUUCUCCACUCCUCAAGUUCAUUUGACUCUACACUAAACGUCCCCUCAGCAGAUAAGUGCAUGACCAAGUGCCUACGUGAUUGCAACCAACUCACUUGGUUUCACUUCCGAUGUAUUAUGCCUUGUGCUAUCACCUCCCUCAGGUACCGACUAACUAUUGUCGAUGACGACGUCGUACAAAUAAUCUGCAGCGGAGUAGCACUUUCUCCAUCAAAUGAUGAACCUGUUUCGCUUAAAAAUAUUUCCUCGGUGGUACCCGCUAAGCCUGAGGGUCAGAAAUCGUCGGUUAGCAAUCCACGUAAAAGUCUAUUUAACAGGCCCAAGGGUCUUCGAGCAGUCCCCAUGAUGGAGCUCAAAACGGCAAGUCAGACAAGUGAAUCGGAAAACUUUUCCGAUCAAUCUACAGCGAAGAAUUCUAGUAAAAAGACCAGAUGGUGGAAACCUUUCUCUAAGGAUUCAUCCACUACUCGUUUGGAAGCCUCCAAUUCUACCGAAUUUCCUGACGGACUAAAUUAUCACCCAAACUUACAAAAUGAGUCGGAUACAUUUGAAGGGAAAUGCAUUCUUACGCCUUCUCCCGACAUUCGUAACUGCGAAGUAACACAUUAUUUGGGCAACUACAGUUUCUUUUUUGUUCGAGAAACUAACGACCUGAGAGAGAUGGGUGGACUGAGGUGCUUCAUUCACGCAGCCGUGAUGGAGGCCCAAGCGGUAGCAGCAGCGCACACCGUGGGACUCGGAGGGAAUGCUCUGCUUUCGUACCAAAUUAGUGACUUGCUGAUCACAAGACCAACCUCCCGGAACCAAGCCCAGUGUCUCAUAAACCUGCGUGGAGAUAUGGCUCGCAUCAAUGCAAAUUGA